AUGUCGUCCAAACUGUAUUCCUAUCCUCUACCUACUCCGACGAGCUCUCCCCUUUUUAAGAGUCCUUCGGAGACUGUCCCCCCGACAGAUGAACUUGAAAAUCUGCAGAAAGAGCUUAAAAUUCUUCGGCAGGAGUCAAUGAAACGCGCCAAGAGGGCCAAAGAAGACUUGCAGACUAUCGAGGAAUCUAUGAGGCGAAUCAAGGAGAGAGAGAAAGGAAAGGCAAAGGCGGUAGAGAAGGUGAAGCGUGAGCGCCCUUUCACCCCAGCUUUGGAUGGGGACGAACGCGAUCUUUCUCCCUCUGUCAACGGCUCUGUAAGGGCUCGAGCACCAUCGAUACCGGUUUCUUCCUUCCCUCCCUCUUCUAGGGCAUCACUGGAUCCUCGAAGAUCAAUGCCGGACGAAAUCAAGAAGAAAAAGAAGAAACGUAAACGAGAGGAAGAUAGUGACCUCGAACAAGAUUCCGGCCGCGCUGUGAAAACCUUGCCAGGUCCUUCUCUCAGUGUCCCUCUAAAAACGUCGAAGUCACUGGGAUUUGUGGCAAAUCACGUCAAGUCUUCAUUCGCACCCGACUUCACACUUCCACCCUCCACUGUGCUACUACCCACCCGUCCACCGAUACCACCUCCGCCCGUUGCCGGUCCCAGUAAUGCAACGGAUGUCACCGAAGAUUUUAGUAAGCUCAAACCGCCAGCACAGACUCCCGUCAAUACCUUCUACUCAAGCAUUGAGCCUUGGAUUCGAGGAAUUAAAGAGGAAGACGUUGGAUUUCUUGAGUUUACUGCGGAUGAAGUUGAGCCUUAUGUGAUACCGAAACUAGGCAGGCAUUAUUUGGAAGUAUGGGAGGAUGCUGAUAUGGCCAUGUAUGGCGGACCAUUACCUGGAUUUUCGUCUGGUCGGUUGGGUGAGAGCUCAACGUCAGCGCCGAAAUGGGACCCAUCGACCCUGAUGGAGGCGGACCUGUUGACGGAGGAGCGCAGUCACGGGCCCUUAACAGAGCGAUUGAUGAGUGCCCUUUUGCCAAUGCCAGAUUCAACAGUGUGGAAAGGUGUCAAGGCUGCAGAGGAUGCUAUGGAGGGUAGACCAGGCGGAACUGGUGCUGCAGCUGCGAAGCGGGAGAAAGUUAAUGUAGUUGAUUUGGAGGAGAGGGUUCAGGACACGAUGCGGUUUCAUGGAUUACUUCAUGAGCCGCCUGAUUUUUCGACGAAAGUCGACGACCCAAUUGCAACAGCUCUCAGACAUGCUCAGCGUCAACUACGGACUGUGGUGGCCAUGAAUAAGGCCAGGAAAGAACGUCUUGCUGCUAUUGCUCGUGAUCGGCUCGGUUAUCAGGAAUAUCUGGACCUCCGUUCUGCCCUUGAUAAAAGCAUAACGAGCACCUACUCGAAAGUCCAGAAGAAGGAUGAACCGAAGCUGAAUAAAAAGAAAAAGAAAAUAUCGGAGGUUAAUGGGAGUGUGAACGGGACCACUUCUGGUACCAGCGCGCCUAAACCUUCACCUGCAGCACUUGGACUCGGUCCGGAUGAUGAUUUUUAUCUUGUGGUGCCAGAUCACUUGCAGCAACUCGUGGAGACCCGGCGGCAGUGGGUGGCAAGCGUCGGGGGGGUUUUUGAUGAGAAGGAGAGGGAGUGUCCUGGUCGAAUAUGGGGCCUUCCGCGACGGAGCAUUUAUGAAGGGCUUCAGGACGCUGUCCGCCACGAUCUGGCUCGGUCGUUACAUCCACGUAGUACUACAUCGAACCAACGGACUACUCAAGGGAACGGAGAUGAGAUGGAUGUUGGAUGA